AUGCGAGUCUCGAAACUGCAAAAUCUACCCAACGAGGCUCUUCCGUUGACGAGAUCUGCUGAUAUCAAGUUGGUGUUGGAUACGCCGAAAGGCAGAGGUGUCUUUGCAGCAGCACGCAUACCAGCAUACACAGUCCUGGAAACCUGUCCGGUACUCGUCCUCGACCCAACAGAAAACAAAGAGCACAUAGAAAAGACAGAACUAUACCAUUACACAUACAACUGGCCCUACACUCAUCCUCAAACACACCAAAAAUGCACAACACAAGCCGUAGUCCUAGGUCUAGGCAGCAUGUUCAACCACUCUUCAUCGCAUCAAAACGUAGGCUGGGAAAGAAAUGUCGCCAAUAAACUCAUUGUAUAUAAAACUCUACGUGAAGUGGAGGUAGGAGAGGAGUUGUGUAUAUCUUAUGGUGAUAGAUUGUGGUUCGUGGAUGCUGAUGCGUCAGAGGCAGAGGAUGAGGGGGAGGGCGAUGGGUUGCAGGUGUUGGGCGGGAUUGAGGUUUGA